GAUGAGAAGAAAACAAAAAUACCCCAAAAUAAAAAUACCAGUGACUUUUUUUUCUUUCUAUUUCCUAAAGGCGACAGCAUCUGCCAGCUUUAUCUCAACUCGGGUUAUCUUAAAUGCCCUCAACACAAAGACUGAAAAUGAAAGUUGGUGGGGGUGAGGAGGAUGGCUUUCUAACGAAGGGAAGACCACAUCAGGGAGAUAAACUUAAGAUGGAUGAGAGAAGCGCAACUGUGUCCCUGCUUCUUCUUUUUUGUCUGGGUUCAGUGACGCCGGCUCCGGCAAACAUUCUGGACGUGUGCGCCAGCUGCCACGUUAACGCCACGUGUGUUGACAAGUAUGAUCAUUCUGGAAAAGUCUGUAACUGCAAGUAUGGUUUUGUGGGAAAUGGAAGAACCUUCUGUCAAGACAAAGAUGAGUGUCAGAUAGGAGCCACAAAGAUCUGCGGGCAGCACACGACCUGCCACAAUACAUAUGGCAGCUAUUACUGCACCUGUCUGACUGGGUACAUUGCUUCCAAUUACUUGCCUGUCUUCAUUCCAAAUGAUGGAACCCACUGCCAGGACAUAGAUGAGUGCAGGGUGGCCGGCCUUUGUGGAGAAGGAGGCCAGUGCAGGAACCUGGAUGGCACUUUCGACUGCAGGUGCCAGCUAGGAUAUCGAGUGCACAAUGGGACGGAGCCCUUUCGACCUCAAAAAAACCAGGCUUCAUGUCAAGUGGUGGACUGUGGCCAGCCAACAUUCCGGGAGAACAUAGUACUGCUUUCAGCCACAGGUACCACAUUUGGCAGCGUGGCGACAUUUGAGUGUGACGAGGGGUUUCUGUGGAAGAGUGGAAACAAGGCCUCGGCGUGUGGGGCUGACGGACUGUGGCGUGGGCUCACCAUCAUCUGUGAAGUGAUUGAUUGUGGCUCUCCUCCCACCUUCGCUCACUCACACGUGGAAUGGAAUGGGAGCUCGAGGGUGGGCACUGAGGUGCUGUAUCAGUGUAACUUUGGCUAUCGCAACAUUGGAAAGAGCAACGUCUUCACCUGCACCGCGGCAGGGCAGUGGGAGGGUGUGACUGUGCUUUGCCAAGAAAUAUUAUGCGGCCAACCCCAUACAGUGCCACACACUAGGCAUUCGUGGAAUGGCACUUCCACCCCUGGGAGCAUUGUGAACUACUAUUGUAAACAAAGAUUGAAUGACAGUGAGGCCAGCAGCAUUUCAUUGUGCUCAUCUAACGGUAACUGGACAAAGCCAAACAUUUCAUGCAAAGAAGUUGUCUGCGGCUCUCCUCCUGACGUCUCUCAUUCAAUCAUGUUAUGGGAUCACGUCUCCACUGUGGGCUCUCAGGUGGCUUAUCAGUGUCAAUCCGGAUAUUCCAGUGUAGGAGAAAUCAAUCAAACAGUAUGUACUGACACUGGAAAAUGGGAGACGCCCUCUGUGUGGUGCCAAGAGAUCAAAUGUCAGGAGCCGGUUUUGAAACCACACGCUAAAAGACUAUGGGAUGGCACGUCACGUGUUGGCAGUAUGGCUAUUUAUGAAUGUGAUGAAGGAUAUGACAUAAGGGGUGUGCGCAGCGUCUCACUAUGUGGACAGAAUGGACUGUGGGAGGAAGUUGACCUUUGGUGUGAAGAAAUAACAUGUGGUCCUCCAAAAACCCUCCCUCAUAGUACCCUGCUGUGGGACCGCUCCACUGGUCCUGGCAGUGUCGUGCAGUACGAGUGUGUGGACGGAUAUUACCAGGAGGGUGGAGAUAAUAUUUCCACAUGUCUAACAUCAGGCGAGUGGGCGAACAUAUCAUUGAAUUGCAAAGCAAAAUGUGGCCCGGUGCCCUUUCUUGCUCACUCAGAGGUCGUUUGGCAUAACACAAGCGUAGUGUUGCAUCACUGUGUGAAGGGCUAUCGCAGCUGGAGUGGCAGCAAUGUGUCCACGUGCAGCAGCUCUGGUGUGUGGCACGCUGCCACACUCAGUUGCAUAGAAGUCAAACAGCCCAUCAAUCAACUACUUGUCUUAAAUGAAAAAUGUUUGCAGUGGAGAGCAGAAAAGGAUGAAGGGGCAAUAGAAAUGUAUAAGGUGAUCUACAUAGGAUCCAGAGAGUAUGAGAGGGGCUUUCUUGAUAAAAGGAAGCAGUUUGUGAACUCCAUGGAGGAUUGGGUCCAGAUCUGUCUCAGUUUGCUUCCAGCCACAAACUACAGCGUCUCUAUCACCGCAUUGUUGGCUGGAUUCACAGCCACCGUCGCUAUCAACACCACUUUGACAGUACCUGCUGUACCAGAACUCCACUACAGAGAAUUUGAGACUCCUGUACCUACUCUAAGGCUGCACAGAUCACCCAGCACUCUCGACACAAUAAGUUUGUACCAAGUGUUUGUACUUCCAAUUGAGGGAGUUUUGGCCUUUAAUUGUUCCUGUCCUGUGAAUGGAAAGCCCCCAAGCAAAAGCGAUUCCUCCCAGGGACACAUUGUAGCUCAGAUGCGCAUCAGCCGUCUUGGAGCAGAGAUGAAUUUUACUGUUGGAGAUGGUCUCUCCUAUGGAGGCUUUUACAAUGCGCCUCUCAGGAAAGGCAAAAACUACUACGUCAUCUUGCGUGCAGUCAGUCAGUGGAAAAACGAUUUAAAAAGCUCCUGUGUCCUGUGGGCAAAAGUAAGAGGUACAUCCUACGUUAUAAUGAUUUCAUCGCUGUGUGCAGCUGCCUUAAUAGGACUGAUCGUUUUAGCAGUUUUACUUGGAUGGACUUACACCUGGUUUUUAAAGAGAAGAUGACUGUCAUUUUGUACACAUUUCAACUCCUACUGGAUUUCAAUCCAUCAUUUCAAUAUUAGAAUUCAACUUCUCAUGUACUACUUUGAGCUCAAAUUUGAACAAAGCACUUACUACUCAGCUGCUUUUUCUCUGAUGGUAUUUUGGGUUGUAAUUUAGGUUUGGGGAUCCCUUUGUUUAAAAAAAAAACAUAAAUAAAUUUGGAGGCACAUAGAAGCAGUACAUACAAUUUAUUCCCAUUCUCAUGUUUUUAAUGUAUUAUUAUACAUUAUUUACGAACUAAACGUUUUGAGUAGGGUAGCUCCUGUCUGAAAUGGGGGGAAAAAAAUAAUGACCAACAAAUAUUUAAUACACAAGAAAACCUGAAACAGAAAUCUAAUUCAUGUUUCGACUUGAUGUUUUUUCUAGGCCAACAUAAUAUUUUGGGGUGUAAAAAAAUAGUGCUUAUCUUAAUAAUAAUAUUAAAAAAAAGAUUAAAAGAACCAUGUCCUGUAUGCACUGUGAGCGAUUCUAUUGUACAAAACCACUCCAAUGCAGUGGGUGGCGCUGUGCCAAAACACAUUUUGCCGGAACGACCUAACGGAAAGCCGGACGCGGAGGACGGGCCAGGAAGAAGCUGUCUUUCACUGCUUUUGUUUACGAGGCGACAAUCUCGAGAAGUGAGUGUCUCUGACUCUAAAUUCAAAAGCAUUCGCGCAGUCUUAGCUAGCCAGGUGGCCGUUAGCAUAGCACUCUGCUAAAGAAGCAGCGCAGCACACAGGGCAGCGUUUCAUCGUUAGCGCCUAGCAUCAGCUUGUGGCCAUCACUGUAAUUACAAAUUAUACUUCGUGCUCCUAGAAAAGUC